CUUAAUAAACAAUGCCAAAAAGUCAGCUCACAUGAAAAAACAAGAUGCGAGCAACAAGAAAAAAACAAAAAAGGAUGAUGCUCCAAAGAAAAUGUGCGAAAAGGAAGCCGCACAGAAAACGCGUAAAGAAGCGGCUCCCAAGAAAAAUAAAGAACAGAAAAAUAAAGAAGAGGAUGCAGUAAGGAAAGAAGCUGAAGAGGCUCUUAAAAAAGAAGAGGCGGCUCUAAAGAAUAAGUGUGAGGAGGCGGCAAGAAGGAGAAAGCAGGAAGAGGAAGCGCUUAAUAAACUGAAAGAAGAAGAGGCUAAUAAAAGAAAGCAGAAGAAGCAGCUUUCAGGAAAAAGCAAGAAGAUGAAGCUCUUAAAAAAAAGACAGAAGAAGAUGCCCAAAGUUAAGAAAAAGUGCAUGGAAGAGGCCCUUAAGAAACAAUGUGAAGAGGAGGCCCUUAGGAAAAAUGUUGAGGAGGAGGCUUUACGCAAAAAGUGUAAAGAGGCGGCCUAA